AUGGAUUCCUUCCAGAAAUGCAUAUAUAAGGGCUACACACUUUAUCCGAACACCGAUAUCCCAAAACUGGAGAGUGGAGUCUUGGAGAAAUUUCUCCGCAAAGAUGACAUAAUUGUGCAAGGGUUUCCCAAGUCUGGUAACACCUGGAUGAUAUUCUUACUGCAAGAAUUAUACCCCGAUUUGAAUGUGUUUCAGCACGGUGGCAAGAAAGUGCCUCCAAUGCUAGAGUGGCUCUUAGUAGACCCCAGUGUGCUCGGAGAGGCCGACCCACCGCUGCUUAGAGGACUGAAACUGUUUCAAACAGACCCUGGCGUGACGUUAUCGCCACGUCUUAUCAAAUCACACUUCCCAUACGAAGUAUUUCCAAAGCAAGCACUACUGACUGGUACCAAAGUAAUAUACAUCGCUCGUAAUCCUAAAGAUGUCGUCACUAUCACUGGAUGA